AUGAGCAUGACAGACAGAGAUGCGAAGGUGUCCUCGCCGGAGGUGGGCACGGAGACAGACUCACUGGCCUCGAAGAAGAACGAUGAUGGCAUUGUCCUCGUUCCUCAGCCCAGCGAUGAUCCAGAGGAUCCAUUGAACUGGCCGAUGUUCAAGAAGCUGUCCGUGUUCAUCGCCAUCUGUCUGGCUGGCUUUGCAGCCCAGAUGUCGCCCAAUUCCAACCAGCUCACGUUCAUGGAACAAGUCCCCGCGUACCACAGCACACCCGCGGCCCUGCUCAAUUCUGUUGCAGCCGGCCUCGCAGGCUGGGUUGCCGGGCCCUUCUUCUUUAUUCCCUUUGUGGCAGUCAUCGGUCGCAGCGCUGUCGUCCUUUGGAGUCUGGUGGCUAUCUUUGCCUGCCAGAUCUGGGCAGGUGAGAUGACCGGCCCAGAUGACUAUAUUUCAUUCACUAUCUCGCGUCUCAUUUGCGGGCUUUUCGGUGGUAUUCCUGCCAUCCUAGGCAGUGGGUAUAUCAUGGACAUGUUCUUUCUGCACCAGCGUGGCAAGGCAUUUGCCGUCUUCGAGGUCCUGAUCAUCUUUGCGGUCGUCGGUGGUGGCACCCUCGGCGGUUUCAUUGCUGAGACAAACCCCUGGGAUUAUGUCUUCUGGUGGACUCUCGGCCCCGUCGGCGGUGCUAUCAUCGCUGUUUUGCUCUUCGUCGAGGAUACCACCUACUCUCGCGAUGGCACCAAGCCCAGUCGCGAUCCUCUUCCCAAGAACUGGCUUGCAAGACGCGUGGCCACCUUUCUACCGGGCACGAAAACUCAGCCUGCCGGCAAGGGCAAGGAAAUGGUCCGCCGCGCAAUCAUUCCUUUCCAGAUCACCUUCUCUCCCAUCACUCUUUUAACGGGCACAUACAUUUUCGUUGCCCUCGGUCUUCCCAUUAUGCAAGCCUCCACGCUAGCAACCUACCUCCAACCCCCCGUCGAAGCUGGCGGCUACGGAUUCUCCUCGCUGCAAAUGGCCUUCUUCACCAUGACAGCCUGGGUCGGCAUCAUCGCCGCUCAGGUCUACGGCUACUUCUUCAACGACAAGAUCCCACUCAUGCUAGCCCGCCGCCGCGGCGGCACCUGGCACACCGAGUACCGCCUGGCCAACACCAUUCUGCCGAGCAUCAUCCUCCCCAUCGGGCUGGGCAUCUACGGCGCCGGCCUGGAGUACCACCUCCACUAUAUGGUCCUGGCGCUGGGCGGGUUCCUGAUCUGGUUCGGCGCUCUGCUCGCCCUGCCCGUCUGCUAUAACUAUAUCAUCGAGUGUUUCCUGAACAACCCCGUCGAGGCCUCGGUUUCGCUGAAUGCGUACCGAGUCUCCUUCGGUCUGAUGUCCGUGUUCAUCGUGACUCAGUGGCAGGCGGCAGUUGGUACCGGUUGGAUGUGGGGCAUGGGCGCUUUCUUCAUUCUCUUCGUUGACCUCAUCAUGGCCGGUAUCAUUCUCAAGGGCCACUUGGUUCGCGAGUGGACCAAAUCCGUGAGCAGCACCAUUGGUGUCACGGAGGACGGUGCCAAGAUCAGUGCCGGUGCCUCCGAUUCGGCGUGA